AUGGUUGAAAAGGAGGAAAGUGAUACAGAAGCUUUUAAAGUUUUUUUUGGAAAGGAGUGUCCAGGCAGGUUCCCCAAAGGAUAUAAGACCGCAAAUGCAUUCAUCUACAUUACUCAUGCUCCAUGUCAUGGAAAGCAAUGUAUCAAUGAAGAUGUUGAAAAGGACGAUAUAAAUGAUGAAAUUCAAGAGGACGACAUAAAUGAUAAAAUUCAAGAGGACGACCUAAAUGAUAAAAUUCAAGAGGACGACGUAGAUGACGAAUUUCAAGAGGACAACAUAGAUCUAGAUGAUGAAUUUCAAGAGGAGGAUAUAGAUGGUGAAUUUCAAGAGGACGACGUAGAUGAAGAAUUUAUGGAGGAUGACAUAUCUAACGAAUUUCAAGAGGACGAUCUGGAUGCUUUACUCCUAGAAGACAAACUUGAAUGA